CUCGUCGAAGGGAACCGAGUCGAAGGAGCGAGUCGCUCGCGAAUUUGCGUAAACUUUGCAACAUGGCGGCGGACCACAUCGGCGAGUUGGCGAGCAUGGAGGACUCCAGCCGAAGCGCCCGACCGGCUCUCUGCCGCGGCAAGCACUCCCUGCUGGUCAUCGUCGGGCAGCCCGGUCCCGCUGGAUUUGUGGACCUGCUGGUGUCGGAGAUCGAAAGAGGUAUUCGCUCCUGGAACGUCGACUUGACCGCCUGCGACAUUGAUGAACAGCUCAAGCUUUUUAUUUCAAGACACUCUGCUUUCUUCUCCGAAGACCUCAAAGGCCAGAAGACCCUGCAGCACAACGGGGAUGUGCUUGAGACCCAGGUGAUAGUGAACCCAUCUCAUGAUUUGGUUUGUUCGGAGGUCCGUCGGCUUAUUUCUGAUACGUCUCUUCACAAGCUGCUAAUUCUUGCUGGGCGAUGUGUUGAAGAGACUGGAGACCUUGUGUUACAAACAGGGUCUUUUUCACUAAAUGACUUUAUCCAGAUAUUUACAGAUGAAGAGAUCGGAGAUCUUUUGAGCUCUGCAGACCCUACUCAGAAAGCCAGCCUAACUCUGAGCUGUCCUGAAUCUGGAAUGUGGAAAAAUUCUCAGUUAGAAAAGCAUAAUUUGCAAGAUUAUAUAGAAAUUAAAACCAACCCUCCAUUAUUGCUCCCAGAGAUGGAGGGCCUUCAGGAGUUUACAGAGUAUCUGUCAGAGUCUCUUGAACCACUGUCACCUUUUGAUUUACUUGAGCCACCCAGUACGGUUGGCUUCCUAAAACUGUCCCGUCCCUGCUGCUAUGUGUUUCCAGGAGGAAGAGGUGACUGUGCCUUUUUUGCUGUGAAUGGUUUUAACGUCUUAGUCAAUGGGGGGUCUGAUUCUCGAUCCUGUUUUUGGAAACUGGUGAGACAUCUAGACCGAGUUGACUCAGUAUUGCUUACCCAUGUUGGAGUGGAUAAUCUACCUGGUAUAAACAGCCUCCUUAACAGAAAAGUGGCUGAACACGAAGAAGAGUCUGCUGGAUCACAGAGCAAUGAAGACUGGCAGAGGAAUCUGAUAUCUCCAGAAAUAGGGGUUGUAUUUUUCAAUGCCUCAGAAAGACUCAAAAAAUUGCAAAGUGACUCUAGGGUCCUUCGAACUUGUGAUCAGGCUUCUCUAACAUUACAGCAUUUAGAAAGGUUGUCAAUUUUCCCAGAACAGAUCAGUCGCUCUGCUGGGCCAACUGUUGAACCGGUAAUUCUUUUCCAAAAGAUGGGUGUAGGUCGACUAGAUCUUUAUGUUCUCAAUCCAGUCAAAGGUAGCAAAGAACUUGAAACGUUCUUGCAAACUUGGCCUGGCAGCACUCCAAAUAUAAAAACCCCUGAAAUCCCAUUAGAGUGCAUGGUGUCCAUAUGUGCACUGUUGGUAUGGCAUCCAGCUAAUCCUCGAGAGAAGAUUGUUCGAGUUCUGUUUCCUGGGUGCACUCCAGAAUCCAAGAUCUUUGAAGGUUUAGAAAGACUAAAGCAUCUAGAGUUCCUCAAACACCCAGUAGUUAGUUUGAAAGACCUUGAGGUAUCAAAAUUGGACAAACAGCCAAAGCAUGCCGGGAGCAAGGAAAGCCUUAAGAGUAUUUCCAAAGAAUCUCGACCUGGUAGUGCCUCACUCAAAGACAAAGUAAGCAAAGUAGAUUUGAAAAAGCUAGACACUAAAACAAAGACUAAACCCGCUAAUGACACUGUUCCAAAAGAAGGAAAAGAGAGUGAGGAAAAAGCAAAGCCAAAAGAUGAUGUGAAACAAAGAACUAAGCCUGAAAAGCAAGUCUCUAAGAAAGAACCUGCUAAAGAUGAGAAAAAGGAAGUUAGAAAGAAAGAGGAAAGACCACCUCCAAGUAUGGCAAAGAAAGAUGAGAAUGUUGAGAAAAAGAAAGAACCCUUAAAAAAAGAUCUUGGUGCAAAGCCCAAGAAAGAUAUUAAGCCCGAGCUGAAAAAGGAGAUCAAGAAAGAGGUCAAACCAGAAGACAAAAAAACUACCAAAAGUCUGGUCAAAGAUGUUAAGAAAGCAGCUGGAAAUUUGCCAGGUAAUGCAGAGUCUAGAAAGUCAAUGGGUAAGAAUGGCUCGCUAAAGAAAGACUUGAUCGUCCAUAAAAAGGAUUCUUUAACCAAAGGGAAGUCAAAGCCAGACAAAAAGGAGCCUGACAGUCUGAAAGUCUCAAGUGCAGAGCGGUCAAAGACAUCUACACCUGAGGACAUUACUGCUCAGAUGGAAAAGUUGGUUAUUGAGAAUGAACAUGGGCCAUUGCAGGAUGUUGAAGGCAACCCUUUGAGCUCAAGAACUGAAUGUGCUUCUGGCAACAAUGGCAAGCAGGUAAAUGGAUCUACAACAGGUGCUGAUGAAAGUCCAGAGAAGUUUCGCAGUAUGGAUGGAGCACCUAGCGCGAACAGUGCUCUUGGACUUCCCUCCCCACUUACAAAGACUCCAAAGAGUGAGAAAAGUGUUAAUUUUGAUAUCACGCCAACAGAGCUUGAUGGAUGCCUCAAAGACGAUGUAUGUACAAGCUCAGAUGAAAAAACCCUUGAGUUAGUUUCCCCCACACAUUCUGGAAAGAACAGUUCAGGGCAUUGCCCACAAUCUCCUGACAGUUCUUCUCAGGUCUCUGGGGAAAAUUGCAAAGUAGGUCUCAGGAACACUGGUCUUGGUUUUGAAGACAUUCAGCAAGUCUGCAAGAACCCAAUGGCAAGUUGUUCAAAAAGUAAUAUAGAAAAUAGCUCCAUAUCAUCACAAGAUAGACAAUCAAGCUUUCUCUCCUCGACCUCUCUUAAAGAUACUCUUCCUGAUGGCUCUCCCAGCAUCACUUCCUUUCCUGCGGAAGUUGGCUCUCCACACUCCACUGAAGUAGAUGAUUCCUUAUCAGUUUCCUUUGAACAAGUGCCUGUUUGUCAUUCACAAGAAGAGAUGGGAAGCUUAGCCUAUACUAAUGGACAUUUACCAGACCGUGACCCCAAAACAGAUAUGUCUUUACCUUUAAAAACAUCUCAUAAUAGUCACCACACAUAUGACGAAUCUGAGAAUCACCUGUUUGGACCGCAGAUUGACAUCCUUCCACAUGAUGUUGAUUUAUGUUUGGUUUCACCUUGUGAGUUUAAGCAUCACAAAUCUCCAGAAAACCAACAGGGACUGUCCUCGGAGGUCGCUGCCUCUAGUCCUGACCUCUCUGUGGAGCCUGGUAGACUGCCCCACCAAUGCAGCAAUAGCGAUCAUCAGUCUCUGGAAGGUCAGGAGACAACGUCUUCUGUCAGUGUCUCUCUCGUUUCGGUUUCUGAUUCUGAUGUGCCACCAGCCACAGAAGAAUGCCCCUCCAUUACGGAAGACUUGGACUCUGAUAGUGACAUCUUUCCACCCAACCACCCUCACGACCAUCCUAGCAGUCAUUCGGUACACAACAAUUCCCAGCAUGUCUCUGAAGACCCUCCACCUGCCCCAAUGAAGGACUUACCACCACUGCCACCCCAGCCCGGUGCCUGCAUGGCUGACCCAGAGGCUGAUGGUCAGGGUAGGUCCAAGAAUGUGACAUCAAAGACCAAAAAAACAGCUCCUGUGUCCACAAGGACUGCAUCUGCAAACAUCGUAACACAGAGUGGGAAGACAAAGACUGGUGCUCCGGUGUCUGCCAGUGGAACUAUUCGGCCAACUUCCAGUAUGGACACCAGGCCUGCAUCCCGCAAUGCUGUCAGCGGAUCUAGAGCAGUGCCUUCAAAGUCCUUAUCUGGUUCUGUCGGUGCAAAUUCAAGUUCAGUACCCAUUUGUUUGGAUUUGGCAUAUUUGCCCUCUGGCUCAGCAGCUUCCACAGUCGAUGUGGAGUUUUUCCGGCGCCUCCGCUCGUCCUGCUAUAUAAUUAGUGGAGAUGAGCCGCACAAGGAAACAGUCAUGAGAUCUAUUCUCGACUCUCUUUUAGAGGGCAAAGCGUCUUGGCCGGAUGUUCAGGUGACUCUAAUCCCCACGUUUGAUUCGCUGACUAUGCACAGCUGGUACCAGGAGACCCACGAGCGGCAGAAAGAUCUAGCGAUCACCGUCCUUGGUAGCAACAGCACCGUGGCCAUGCAGGACGAGACCUUCCCAGCAUGCAAAGUGGAGUUUUAAAGACACCCGAAGAACCACGCCCCCUGCCUGUCACUAGAGCACUUCUGUUCACUUUCAAAAUGUUGUCUCUCGGUAUCCCACGUUUUAUCUUGAGCAGCAGUUCCGUUCAUCAGGAAUGACUUAUCUGUAAUCUUAACACAUCGAUAUUAUUAAAUGUUAGGAUUCUGUGCGAAAGAGAGUAGACGAUGUUGCCAUUUCUUUUCUUUAUGGCUAUUUUUAGCGGUUUUAAAUGUUGCGCCAUUGUUAUUUUAUUAAGUGCAUCUUGUUGGUUAUCUAGCAUGUUGGCCACGUUUCAUGUGAACAGUUUAACCAUAUCUUUAUUACAUUUUGCACAGUUUAGAUGCCCCUUGGAUAACUAUGGCAGAGUCAGACAUGCAGGUUAACAUCUGAUAUGUUUGUAAACAGCAAAUGUAUUCAGUGCAACCUUUAUCAAGUAUGUUUUCUUUUAGGUAGAAAAUGAGGGCAAUUAAAAUGUUUUGUUUACCAUAAUUGCACCACCCUUGUCACAGACACUGAUCGUCUAGAUAGACUUCUCUAAUACAGCAAUUUUUACCAAUGCAUUUCCAGAUUAAAACAUUCGGUGGAAAGUGUGGUUUCACAACAUUUUAAUGCGUCAGACGAUUUUGUGUGAACACUAUGUAGCAAAGUAUUUUUUGUGAAGCAUAUAUGAAAAUAUAUGUAGAGAAAGCCAAGAAACUUUUUAAUUCUGCAUUUAUUAAGAGUGAAGAAUAUUACAGUCUUUGCCUUUUCUUUUUGUCCCACUUGGCUUCUUUUGGUAGAGACAUAUUAUGUGUACAAAGCUGAAUGCCUUAAUGUUCUUGCCAUCAUCAACAAACACUAAAGCAACCAACAUUCAUGACGCUUAAUUGGAGUUAUGAAUGCUUUAUGCUGAUCACCUCGCUUCUCUGAUUUUUAUUGAAUGUCAUUUAGACAAGCUCAACCAAAUGUGUACGCUGUCACAGCAAUGGCUGCUAUACUUUCUGAAAAAUCAAAUGUUUAAUCACGAUCACGUGGAGACAUCACCAUAAAAACAUUUUCUUAUUUGUUUGGACUUUAUAAAGCCGUUAAUGCUUUGCGUUUUCAAUUGCACUUUUAUUUUAUUUUUUUUCACGAGCCGACAAAAUUAUUUCUUGAGGUACAAGUGCUGUUUAAGUUUUUUUUUUUUUUUAUAUAAAGAGAAACCAGCCAAAAAUAAAAUAUCACCGCAGAUGUGUUAAAUGUCACUAACCGGCUUAAAUGUUUCAGUACUGAAUUCCAAAAUGUAAGCUUAUUUUCAAAUGUUGAAUAAAAUUGAUAAAUUAAGA